UCGUUUGAAAAUGGUAAAUUCAUGCAGUGUGUUUAAGUGUCAUAAUAAGGCAAACAAAUCAGACAACAGAAAGUUUUUCCGGUUACCGGAAAUUAUUCUUCACCAAGAUGACAGGACCCGAGAAUUAUCAACGGAAAGGCGAAGAUCGUGGCUUGCGAGACUCGGUCAAGAUUUCACAGGGAAAAACCUUAGCAACAUCAGAGUGUGCUCAGAUCAUUUUAUUUCAGGGCAGAAGUCAGCAUUGUAUGACAGAGAAAAUCCAGACUGGGCACCAUCAAUCAACCUAGGAUCUACAGCUUCAACACCAUCCCCGCUAGUUGCAACAGGGCGUUUCGCAAGGCGUAGGGCUCGAUCCGAGAAGUGUGAGGCUGCACGCGUGCUACUUUCAAUCGGUGAAUCAUGUGAACCUUCACUUGAAGAGGAGGCUGGAACAAGCUCACAAACUGAUUUAUCUUCACUAGUGAUUGAUUCUGUUUUUAAUGAAUUAGCACAUGUAAAAAAAGAAAAUGACUCCUUUAGGGAACAACUCAAGACCCAGACGCCAUACUGUAUUGAGUUCUUCAAAGAAAAUGAUGACAAAGUGAAAUAUUUCACAGGAUUGACAAGUUUUCUUGUUCUCAUGGAACUAUUCGGUUACCUUGAAGGUCACCUGCCUGCAAAAGUCUUGCUAUCAAAGUUUCAAUGCUUAAUUAUGACACUGAUGAAAUUGAGACUUGAUUUGUCAAAUGUGUUUUUAGCUUAUCAAUUUAGUGUAUCGACAUCUACUAUUUCCAGAACAUUUGAAGACUAUAUACAUGUCAUGUACCAUCGUAUGAAACCAUUAGUUUACUGGCCAGAUAGAGAAUCUCUCCAAAAGACAAUGCCAAUGCAGUUUCGUGAACAUUUCGGGAAAAAAUGUGCCAGUGAUUAUAGAUUGCUUUGAAGUCUUCAUAGAUAAACCAUCCAAUAUGCUAGCUCGGGCUGAGACAUGGUCAUCCUAUAAACACCACAAUACUGUUAAGUUUUUAAUAGGGAUUACACCCCAGGGAGUUAUUUCAUACAUUUCAAAUGCCUGGGGCGGUAGAACCACAGAUAAACAUAUAACUGAGCACAGUGGUUUUUUAGACAACAUUUUACCUGGGGACCUAGUGAUGGCAGACAGGGGCUUUGAUAUUGCUGCAAGUGUUGGAACAUUGUGUGCCCAAGUAAAAAUUCCUGCGUUCACCAAAGGAAAAAGCCAAAUGUCUCCACUAGACCUGGAGUCCACAAGGAAACUUGCAAAUGUGAGAAUUCACGUUGAACGAGUCAUAGGAUUAACAAGGCAAAAAUAUACUAUCUUGAAUGGUCCAUUACCAGUAGAAUUUCUCUUAAAGGAAAAUGGACAAGACCUUCCUGUUAUUGACAAAAUUGGAACUGUUUGUUGUGCAUUGGUGAAUUUAUGUGAUCCAGUAGUUGCUUUUGAUUAAAUGUCUUGAUUUGAACUGUAUUAA